CUUCUAUUCGUAAUCAAUGUCACAACAAGACGAAAGAAUAGCCUAUUUCACAACUUUAUGUGAACAGUUAUAUAAUCCAAAAUCAUCAGAAGAGCGUCUUCAAGUACAAAAAAUUCUUGAACAAUCUUUUCCAACAUUUACAAACACGAAUGUAUUACCCUCAGAUAAUAUAACAGCAUUACAUUCUUUUAAUAUUCAUUCACCAACAGAUACUGCUUCGGCACUUCGUAUAUUAUUAGAAUCUUCUCCUAGCCCAUAUGUUCAAAUAUUUGCAUUAGGCCGAUUAAAGCAGCUUAUACAAACUCAAUUUUCGUUAUUCAAUCAAGAAUCAAAAAUACAAUUACGUUCAUUUUUAUUACAGCACGCGUUUAUACACCCUGAUUUAGUACCUUUUGCCAUUACUCAUCUUGCUGCUGUUUUAGCCUCUCUUACUUUAUUAGGUUGGACAGAAAUCGAGCAAUAUAGAAAUGUUCACAAAGAUAUACUUCAAUUUAUUCAAGCGUCUGUUGAUCAUCGUAUAGUUGGUUUACAAAUUUUAGCAAUUAUGGUACAAGACAUUAAUCCACCUAGUUUUACAAGAAGUGCAUCAAAGUUUAGAAAAGCGGCUGGUGAAUUUCGUGACACUCAGCUGUUAGACAUUUGUAAAACUGCAUAUAAAACAUUAGAAGCAUCAACACAGCAUAUCAUUACUACGAACAACCAACAGCAAGAGCAACGUUUGCGAGAAGCUGCUUUAAAUUUAUUGAUAAAAUGCUUUUCAUAUGAUUUUAAUGGCACAAGUGUAGAUGAAUCAGGUGAAGAUGUUGGUAUUGUUCAGAUUCCUGCUUCUUGGAAACCAUUGUUAGAGGAUCCUGAAUUUUUAAAUACAAUGUUUAAAGCAUAUGACGAAUUCCAACCUCCUUUAUCUUCUAAAGUUAUGGAAUGUCUCGUUCAAAUUGCCUCAGUUAGAAAGACAUUAUUCAGCGAUCAGGAGAUACGCUCUCGAUUUGUCAUGAGAAUUAUGCAAGGCAUCCAGGACAUUAUUUUAACCUCCAGAGGACUUAAUGAUGCCGAUAAUUAUAAUGAAUUUUGUCGUCUUUUGUUUCGUUUUAGAGCUUCUGUUCCCCUUAACGAAAUGGUUGAAAAAGCUGGUUAUUUAGAAUGGAUUGAAUUGAUUGCAGAUUUUUCAUUAAAAGCGUUUCAGUCUUGGAAGUUUGCCCCUACAACAUCCAUGUAUGUUUUGAGCUUUUGGGCACGUAUUGUUCAAAGUAUGACAUACUAUCAACAAUUAGGUGAAGCUGCUGUUGAAAAGUUAGGAAGAAUUACAAUAGAGUUGGUUCGAUCUUAUGUUUCAACCACAGUUGAGUCUGUCCCCGUACGUAUUCAAGAAGCUCUAGAUGAUCCCUUAGAUAAUGAGGAAACUUUAAUCGAAACUUUGAAUAUGUUAGGACAAAUUGCUCAUUGUAAAUACGAAGCUUCUAGCACCGCCAUGAUGGGAUUAUUUGACCCUAUUACUGUUCAAUACCAGGAACUAAUCAUGACAAUACAACAACAAAUGGCAAGUAAUAAUAUUGAAGGGUUAAAAGAGGCUUUAGAAAUUAUUGAAAAUAAAUUUGCAUGGCUUGUUUAUAUUAUGGCUUCUUUUAUUGGAAAUAGAUCAGCUUUCCUUAACUCAGCAGAUUUAGACAAGAUGGAUAGUGAGAUUACAACCAAAGUACUUCAAUUAAUGAAUGUUCAACAAACUUUACUCAAUCAACAUGGUAAUGCUUUCAUGAACGAAAAAUUGGAUUUAGCUUUUAUAUACUUUUUUCAACAAUUCAAGAAAUCAUAUAUGAGUGAAUCUAAUGGAAGAGAUAUUUAUUCAAAACUUUCGAAAGUAUUCGGAAUUAGUGAUCAAAUUAUGAUGCUGGAUGUUAUUAUGCGUAAAAUUGUUUCUAAUCUGCAGUAUUGGAGUAAUAAUGGAUUAUUAAUUCAGCGUACUUUAGAACUUUUUAAUGAGCUCGCUACUGGUUAUGGAGCUUCUAAGAAUCUUAGAAAGAUAGAAACAACACGUCUAAUAAUGCAAAAUCAUAUGGCAACUGAAUUUGCUUUUUGUCAAUCAACCAGUAAUAAACGACAAGAUGAAAAUCGAAUUUUAUUCUUCCAAGUACUUUGUAAACUAUUGUUUGCAGAUGAUAAUGUAGAUGAACGUACAUUUUAUGAGUUUAUGAAGCCCUUCGAUAUUCGGUUUGACAAUUUAGGUCUUUUGGAUAAUGUAGAAGCUUUUAGAUUUGAAAAUACUAGACGUGCUCUAAGGGACAUUUUCGUGGAUCUAUGUGGAUUCAUUUCUCCAAUGCAAACACGUCGUCAUUUUAAUUUAUUUUUCGAAUGGUUUUAUGAAGGAGAUUAUAGUUCAAUUUUGUUACGUGCUAUAGAAGCAUGGUCGCCAGACCCUAUUGUUAACAGUCUUUUGAGUUUCUUUUCAGAAUUUGUACAUAACAAAAGUCAACGUUUAUCUUUUGAAGUUUCAUCUCCUAAUGGUAUCUUGAUUUUUAGAGAUGCUAGUCAAAUUAUUUGUUCCUUUGGUCAAAAAAUACUUAAUAAGCAGCAGGAAUUAGGCAUGAUGGAUAGUAGCAAUGAUGAUAUUUAUGAAUACAAAUAUAAAGGAAUUUCAACUUGUUUUAGCAUUAUGUCUAAAUGUUUAGGGGGCCGAUAUAUAAAUUUUGGCGUCCUUUGGUUAUAUCAAGAUAAGGCUAUUGAAGACGCUUUAAAUAUGAUAAUUCAACUUAUGCUGAGCAUCCCAAUAGAUGAUUUGUUGAGUUACCCCAAAUUAUCGACUGCAUUUUUUCAUCUAUUGGAUGGACUCACCUAUGAAGAAUUGAUGUCUAUGCCCAGUCUUCCUUCUGAUGCAUUUGUCUAUAUUAUGCAGGUCUGCGAACAAGGUGUUGAAUCUAGCGAUAUGGUUAUCCGUGGACAUGCUUGUGCAGCAGUUUAUAAUAUUUGUAGCUAUUUAAUUAAACAAGCAGAAAAGUCUGGGAGGGAAAAAGAAGUUCCAUCAAGCACAAAUACAGCAAGUACAAAUUCCAAUCGUAGAAGAAGUCAACAACUGUCUUCUUCUAUGCAAGACAAUCAUUGGCUUUUAGCAUAUAUUCAUCAGCAAUAUCCUCAAACAUUACCUACUUUACUGUAUACAGUAUUUAAUCUGGUUUUAUUUGAUGAUAACAGUGAUCAAUGGACGUUAUCAAGACCUCUUUAUGGACUUGUGUUCUUACAACGAGAUUAUAUGGUUAAAUAUAUUAACGCUGUUAUUGAGCAACAACUUCCCGAGAGAAGAGCGUUUGUAACCACGUCUUUAAAUAAUCUAAUUGAGGGUGUUAAUUGGAAUUUUACACCAAGAGAUCGUGAAAGAUUUACUCAAAACCUAUCUUCAUUCCGAAGAUUGUUAGGUUUAAAUAGCAUUGCAUUAACGCCUUUAUUAGCACCUCCAUCUUUUUAUUAAAAUAAACUUUUUAUGCCAAUUGGCUAUUGCUGUGGCUCAAAAAAGUAAGUCACAAUAAAUUUGGGUAUUUUUUUUUUUUUUUUU